AACCAAUGGGAGGGAGGGAGGGAGGGGAGAUCGGCUGCUGCUGUCUUGGAGACGAGGGCUCAGCUGUCCUGCUCUCCUGGUAGCCCAGAAAAACAAGAGUGAAGCACAGCUAGCAAGACUGGCCAUCCCACUGGCUGAGUCCAGGGAUGCUUCCCGUGGGCAGAGGGGAGGAAAAGGGCUGCUUCGGAGCUAUGGCUUCUGGAGAGACACAUCUUGGGGACCGGGAAGCGGCAGAAGGCCAGAGUCUCAGCUCGGACACCUACCUGCCUAAACUCCUAGAGGGGCUCCAGAACCUGCGUUCCCAGAAUGCCCUGUGUGACGUGGUGCUGGAGGCCGAGGGGGCCUCGUUCCCCGCCCACAAAGCCAUCCUUGCCGUGGGCAGCGGAUAUUGCAAGAUGCGCUUUGCCAGGGAGGCGGCCAGCCAGGCAACCCCGCUCAAGCUGGCACCGCCAGUGACCGCCCGGGGCCUGCAGGGCGUCUUGUCUUUCCUUUACUCCAACCGGCUGGAGCUGACUCUGCAGACGGUCGAGGAGGUCUUCCGAGCGGCCGAGGCGCUGCUGGUGCGCGAGGUGAUGUGCCUCGCCUUCCGCUUCCUGGAAGGAGCCCUGGACCGGCACACUUGCUUGCCCAUCCUCUGCCUCGCUCAGCGGCUCGGCCCCGAAGAACUGAGGCUGAAAGUGCAGCGCUGGGUCGGGAAGCACUGCGGGCACCUCCUGAAGGACCCUGUGCAGCUGAAGGAGCUGGACAGGGCGACUCUCUGCGAAAUCCUGGACGGAGGAGACACCCGGGGACUGAGCGAACUGCAGCUCUUUCAGGCCGCCAUUUGCUGGCUGGACCACAACGGCUCCCGCCAGGAAGACGCAGCCCAGGUGCUGGGCUACAUCCGCUUUCCCUUCAUUCCGCUCCCGGAUCUGCAGAGGUUCGUCCAGGAAACGCCCGUCAUGAGAACCGUGCCUGCUUGCCGCCGGUACCUCCGGGAAGCCCUGGACUACCACGGCCAGCCGUACGCGCAGCCGCUUCUCCAGAGCGAGGGCGCCCGGGUGCGCCACAGGAACGAGAGGCUGAUGGUGCUGGGGGGCAGAUCGGCAGACAAUGCCAUCUGCGGGGACGUCUGGGCUGCCGACCAGCACUGCCAUUCGUGGACAGCCAUCGGGAAGCUGAGUGGGCCCCUGUACAACCACUGUGUGGCUGUCCUGCACGACUUCGUUUUUGUGAUGGGGGGCCAGGAGAGCUUUGAUCCGACAGGCCAGGAGCCUUCCAAGAAGGUGUUCAGGUUCGACCCUUGCCGCAACACCUGGCUGCAGCUGGCCAGCAUGCUGGUGCCCAGGACUCGCUUCUACGCAGGGGUGCUGAACGAGCAGCUGGUGGCUGUGGGGGGUGGAGCAUCGCUGGGGAUGCCAAUCAACACGGCCGAGGAGUACCGCCUUGCCAAGAAUGCCUGGCGGCCCCUCCCGCCCUUUCCGGAGACGGUGGCUGACCACGCAGGAGCGACGCACGGAGGCAUCUUGUACAUCUCAGGGGGCUUCGCGGAGGGCCAGACCUUGAACACCGUGUACAGCUACCUCUCCCGCCUGCGCUGCUGGGUCAGGAACCGGCCGAUGGCCUUUGCCCGCUGCGAUCACGGCAUGGCAACGGUGGGAGACCGCAUCUUCUGCCUGGGAGGAAGGGCUCUGGCCAACGGCCAGGAGUGGGUCCCUGUGAGUGAGGCGGAGUACUAUUGCCCCGUCACUGAUCGAUGGGCCCGGCUCCAUCUGUCGGCCGUCGACCUCUGCCACUUCAGCCUCACCAGCAGCCAGCUUCAGCUCUACGUCACGGGCGGAGGGUCUCUGCGGCGGAGGAGCAAGGAGGACGGCGUCUGGGUCUGCCACCCCAGCAGGGGAACCUGGGUGAAGGUGGGCUGCCUGCCCCGGACUCUGGCUGAUCACGCCUGCUGCUUCGUUCACCUGCCCCCCGGGAUUGCAAGCCCAGGAGGAGCCGAGCGAGAGGAGCCUUCGGACGGCGGAGGAAAAUAGCUGGAUCAAAGCAGUUUGGGUUUUCCCUGGGGUGACCCACAGGGAAACGAACUGGCAGCGCUUCCACCCUGUGGCCCCCACCCUGGAGAAAUGAAGCAUUCGCAGAAUGAAACUGGGCGUGUAUCUACUCACCGGAAAGAGCUGCCAGCCCUCGGAUUGGGUCCUUACUGGCCAACAUCAGUUCACAGCCAACCUGAAAUAUCAGACGUGCCCAGGCUUAAUUUCUCAAUGCCCCCUCCCCAUCAGAAGCAGCUGAGCACAUCUGCAUCACCCCCUCCCCAAGCAGAAAGCCACUUUGGCUACCUGCCGACUGGCCCAAUAUAAUCUAUUUUCUAGCUCGUUUGGGGUUUCGUGCCAGCUUAAAAACAUGCCGUAACCCCCAUUGGUACUAAUCUUACGCUUCUUGGCCCAAAUCCCCAAAUGCUUAUCUUGUCAUGAAAAGGGAAAAAAGCCCCAGGCCCCAAAUCUCUCUCUAGGACUGCCUUCGGUAGGUCCAUUAAUGAAAGGCCUCCCCUGGGGGUGGGGUGGGGGACAGGAGUGUCACUUUACUGGCUUAAGGAUCUCUGGAAAGAACAAGCAAGGAACGCGGUUUGGUUGGUUAUCCUUUGGCAAACAUACCAACCCUGGGCAAAGAUACGUGAAAGAAUUUGGGUGUGGAGCUUGCUACUGUAUUUUUAAAAAUCACAAUAUCCGCAUUAAAGUGACCACCACCACAA